CUAUAAAAGCUCGCCAUAGUUGAUCACAAUCACAAUCACAAUCACAAUCACAUGCCCCUCAGGUUUUCGGCUUUCUGAAACCAAGAGAAGGUGAAGAGAAGGUGUGUGACCAUGGCGACGCUUUCUGUUCCGGAACCAGUUCCUUCCCCAGCUGAGGACGCCGAGAGCAUCCACGCGGCCGUCAAAGGAUGGGGAACUGACGAGAAGGCACUGAUCAACAUUUUAGCACAUAGAAAUGCCACUCAAAGAAAGGAGAUUGAGUUGGCUUAUGAGGAAUUGUUCAACGAGAAUCUCACCAAAAGACUUGAGUCAGAACUGAAAGGAGACUUUGAGAAAGCUGUAUACCGCUGGAAUUUUGAGCCAAUCGAGAGAGAGGCUGUGAUGGCUUAUAUUGCUAUGAAGAAGAGUUUUAAUUUCCAUGUGGUCAUAGAAAUUGCAUGCGUCAAUUCUCCAAAUGAGCUUCUAGCUGUGAAGCAAGCAUACCAAGCUAAAUAUCGACACUCUUUGGAAGAAGAUGUUGCUUCUCACACUGCUGGAGAUUUGCACAAGCUAUUGUUUGCACUUGUAAGUGCAUACCGCUACGACGGAGAGGAUAUUGAUGUGAGGUUAGCUAAAUCAGAAGCCAAAGUUCUGCAAGAGCUUAUAGAGGAGAAUAAACUGAACCAUGAUGAAAUCAUACGAAUCUUGGGUACUAGAAGCAAGGCACAGAUCUAUGCUACUUUCAAUUGCUACAGAGAAGAAUAUGGUACUCCAAUCGAAGAGCACUUUGAUCAGGUUUUGGCUGGUGAAUCUGCAGAUGAAUUUGCACUGGCACUCCGAGCAGCAGUUGCUUGCAUCGUUGAUCCCCACUUGUACUUUGUUGAGGUUCUUCAUGCUGCUCUUGAGAAAUCCGACGAAGACACAGUUACUCGCAUUAUUGUUCUGCACGCUGAAAAGGAUCUUGGGGAGAUCAAAGAGAAGUUUCAGAAGCGGAAGAAUGUUCCCCUUGAAUAUGCAGUGGCUAAAAAGACUUCUGGGGACUACAAGGCCUUUCUCCUUGCUUUAUUGGGUGAUUGAUCGCUUCAUGCCUCAUGCGCAACCUUGUGAUCGAGUUUUUCUUAGAGAUCUUGCACUGUUUUGAGGCAAAUUUGCUUAUCUGCAUCUGUCUUGUGUUAGUGUUUGAUGAACUUGACAUGUUUUGCUACUAAAAUAAAUUUGUUAAGGUCUUGCUGCAUGGUUUAUCUCGAUAUAAUUAAAAGUAUAAAUUGCUACA